AUGGCUCUCAACGCAGCAUCGCACAACAUUCCGGGCGAGAAGACCGGUCCCGUGAGCGGUCAGCCGCCAUCGCUCUCAGCCGAGACCACCGAGGCUCUCAUUUCGUCGUCUGAGAAGGACCCCCAGGGCCACAACGCACCCGGCCGCGACGGUGGUGACGCCGAGGCACCCAAGAAGCAGAAGACGGAGAAAGAGCUCGCAAAGGAACGCGCUAAGGCCGAGAAGGCAAAGAAGUUCGCCGAGAAGCAGGCGAAGCAGGCCACUGCUGCUGCGCCUUCCGGAAAGGUCAAGGAGAAGAAGCCCAAGGCGAAGGAGGAGGCUCUGCCCAAAUACGUCGAAGAGACACCCAAGGGCGAGAAGAAGAUCCUCAAGCCGCUGGACGAUGAAUACCACAAGGCCUACAUUCCCUCGGUUGUCGAGUCAGCAUGGUACGACUGGUGGGAGAAGGAGGGCUUCCACGAGCCCGAAUUUGGUCCCGACGGAAACGUCAAGCCCAGAGGUUACUUUGUCAUCUCCGAACCCCCACCCAACGUCACCGGUGCUCUGCACUGCGGUCACGCACUCGCCACAUCUCUCCAGGACACCUUGAUCCGCUGGAACAGAAUGAGAGGAUACACCACACUUUUCCUUCCUGGAUGCGAUCACGCCGGUAUCUCAACCCAGAGCGUUGUCGAGAAGAUGCUUUGGCGCAAGGAGCAAAAGACUAGACACGACCUCGGACGUGAAAAGUUCGUCGACACUGUAUGGGAGUGGAAGGAGGAGUACCACAAGAAGAUCAACAUCGUGCUCAAGAGAAUGGGCGGUUCGUUUGACUGGACCCGUGAAGCUUUUACCAUGGACGCCAAUUUGUCCGCCGCCGUCACAGAGACCUUUGUCAGAAUGCACGAGGAGGGCUACAUCUACAGAAGUAACCGUCUCGUUAACUGGUGUACUCAGCUCAACACCGCUUUGUCUAACUUGGAGGUCGACAACAAGGAGCUUGAAGGACGUACCCUUCUGGACGUUCCUGGUUACGAGCGCAAGGUUGAGUUCGGUGUCAUCACUCACUUCAAGUAUCCCAUCGAGGGCUCUGAAGAGAUGAUUGAGGUUGCGACCACUCGUCCCGAGACCAUGCUCGGUGACACAGGUAUUGCUGUCCACCCUAACGAUGAUCGUUAUAAGCACCUGGUCGGCAAGAAGGCAAAGCAUCCAUUCGUCGACCGCCUCCUUCCAAUCUUCGCCGAUGAAUACGUCGACCCUGAGUUUGGUACUGGUGCCGUCAAGAUCACCCCUGCUCACGACCCUAAUGAUUCCAACCUCGGUGCCAAGCACAAGCUUCAGUUCAUCAACAUCUUGAACGACAAUGGCACACUGAAUGGUAACGCCGGCCAGUUUGAAGGACAGAAGCGCUUCGACGUUCGCUACACCGUUGUUGAGGAGCUCACCAAGCUGGGUCUCUUCGUCAAGAAGGCCGACAACCCCAUGAAGGUUCCUCUUUGUUCCAAGUCAAAGGACGUUAUCGAGCCUCUGAUGAAGCCUCAAUGGUGGAUGCGCAUGCGUGAACUUGCGGACGCUAGUAUUGACGUUGUUAAGAACGGUGAAAUCAAGAUCCGCCCCGAAGGUGCCGAGCGCAACUAUUAUCACUGGAUGCGUAACAUCAACGACUGGUGCUUGUCGCGUCAACUUUGGUGGGGCCACCAAAUUCCUGCUUACUUUGUCAAGCUUGAAGGCCAGGAGAAUGAUGAUAUUCAGGACGAGUACUGGGUUUGCGGCAGAUCCGAAGAGGAGGCCAAGCAGAAGGCCGAGGAGAAGUUCCCCGGCAAGAAAUUCGAGCUUGUCCGUGACCCUGACUGUCUGGACACAUGGUUCAGCUCUGGCCUUUGGCCUUUCUCAACCUUGGGCUGGCCCAACAAGACCCCUGAUUUCGAGAAGCUCUACCCUACUUCCGUGCUCGAGACGGGAUGGGACAUCCUUUUCUUCUGGGUUGCUCGAAUGAUCAUGUUCGGUCUCAAGCUCACCGGCAAGGUACCUUUUACUGAGGUCUACUGUCAUUCUCUCAUCCGCGAUUCGGACGGCAGAAAAAUGUCCAAAUCCCUCGGAAAUGUCAUCGAUCCCGUCGACAUCAUGGAGGGCAUCACUCUUCAGGAGCUCCACGAUAAGCUGCUCCAAGGUAACCUCGAUCCCAAGGAAGUCAAGAACGCAACCAAGUACCAGAAGGACUCUUUCCCUCAAGGUAUCCCCGAGUGUGGUGCUGACGCUCUCCGUUUCUCGCUCAUCCAGUACACCACUGGCGGCGGUGACAUUGCUUUCGAUGUCAAGGUUAUGGCAGGUUACCGUCGCUUCUGCAACAAGAUCUACCAAGCCACCAAGUACGUUCUUGGUAAUUUGCCCGAGGGCUUUGUUCCUCAGGCCAAGGGUGGCAAGACAGGCAAGGAGUCAUUGCCCGAGCGCUGGAUUCUGCACAAGUUCAACAACGCUGCGAAGGAGAUCAAUGAUGCUCUCACUGCUCGCGAGUUCUCACGUUCGACCUCGCUCGCCUAUCAGCUCUGGUACGAGAACCUGUGCGAUGUCUACAUUGAGAACAGCAAGGCCAUCAUUCGCGACGGUACUGAGGAGGAGAAGCGCAGUGCCGUUGACACACUCUACACCGUUCUGGAAGGUGCACUGUGUCUGGUUCAUCCCUUCAUGCCUUUCUUGACCGAGGAGCUGUGGCAGCGUCUGCCCCGUCGCCCCGAAGACAAGACCAAGAGUAUCGUCAUUGCUGCUUACCCCGAGUUCGAUGCCGCUCUUGAAGACUUUGAGAGCGAGGCUGCCUACGAGCUUCUGCUCGGAUGCUCCAAGGGUGUCAGAAGUCUCAUGUCUGAGUACUUGAUCAAGGAGGACGCAAAGGCCUUUGUUCAAUGCUACGAUGACAAGAACUACAGGACUGCCGCUGACGAGCAGGCAUCUAUCAAGACCCUGUCCGGUAAGGCUCUUACCAACCUCAAGAUCAUUGGACCCAGUGAUAGCACCCCUACCGGUUGUGCCGUUUUCGCCGUCUCAUCAUCCGCCGCCGUCUUCCUCGAAGUUGCCGGCCGUGUCGACGUUGACGCCGAGAUCACCCGUGCUCAGCAGAAGCUUCGCAAGGCCGCUGAAGGAGCCACCAAGCAGCGCAAGAUCCUCGACGCCGAGGGUUUCGCUGAAAAGGUCUCCCACUCCGUGCUCGAGACUGAGAAGACCAAGCUGCAGGAUUUGAUGGCCGAGCAGAAGAACUACGAGGAGAGUAUCGCUCAGUUCGAGAAGCUCAAGCUGGCUAACUAA